AUGGGUGAUGUGUUAGAAUCUGAAGAGCGACGUCGAAGACUUUCAGAUGAUGGAGAUGCGACCGAGCCCAAGAGGCCGCGCACAGAGGAUGAAUGGGUUGAAAAGGAGAAUAAAAAGAAGGAAGAGCCUGUUUCAAAGGCAAUUUUGGGGAAGGCUGGGGGCGCCUAUAUUCCCCCAGCCAAGUUGAAAUUACUACAACAACAAUUAGCCUCUGACAAGAGCUCGGAAGAGUAUCAAAGAAUAAACUUCCAGCGACUUAAGAAGAAGAUUAAUGGAUGUGUAAACAAGGUUAAUAUAUCUAAUAUAGCCAAUGUCGUAACUGAAUUGCUCCAAGAGAAUGUAGUGCGAGGAAGGUAAGAGAUUUAUUCAGAUUUCAGUUUUUAGGUACCUUUUGGACAAUUUUUUACCUGUUAUUUUUAGUGGUGUUCUGGCUCAAGCUAUUAUCCAAGCUCAAACGUUUUCUCCGACCUUCUCCAAUGUUUAUGCAGCAUUAGUGGCCAUCAUAAAUUCAAAGUUUCCGAGUAUUGGUCAACUAAUCUUGAAGAGGCUUGUCAUUCAAUUCAAGAGAGGGUUUAGACUAAACAACAAAGGGCUGUGUCUCACAGUAAUCAAAUUUAUCGCUCAUCUAACAAACCAGAGGGUCGCCCACGAGAUCUUGGUGCUGGAGAUUUUAUUUUUGUUGAUGGAACAACCCACCGAUGAUUCUAUUGAACUGACCAUUACAUUGCUGAAAGAAUGCGGUGAAUUUUUAACGAAGGCUUCACCGAAGGGCACCUAUUGUAAGUUGAAGCUUAUUACUAGUAAAUCCGGUUUGUCUUAUCUAACGUUCUCUUUGUUAUUAGCUGUCUUUGAACGUCUGAGGAAUAUUCUGGAAGAUGCAGACACAAUUAGCACAAGGACUCAGUACAUGAUUGAAAGAUUGAUGCUGGUUCGGAAAGAACAAUUUAAGGCCUACCCAGCCGUGAUAGAAGAACUGGAUCUUAUUGAAGAAGAAGAUCAGAUUUCUCACAUGAUCGAACUGAUAACAGAAGAAAAGAAAGCCUUGGAUCCAGAAACAGGCCUUAAUUACUUCAAAUACGAUCCCGAAUUCGAAAAAAACGAAGAAGCAUAUGAAGAGAUUCGAAAGAAGAUCAUUGGCGAUGGAGACGAUUCUAGUGAUGAAGAAGAAGACGACGAGGAAGAAGGGCAAGCUCAAGAAGAGCCUGCUCAACAGAAGAUUGUAGACAUGACCGACAGUGAUAUUGUGGCCUUCAGAAGGAGCGUUUAUCUCUGCAUUCAAUCAUCUCUGGAUUAUCAGGAAGCGGCUCAUAAAUUAAUCAAGUUCCAUCUGAAGCCAGGAUUGGACGAGGAGAUGUGCAAUAUGAUUGUUGAUUGUUGUGCACAGCAGAGGACAUAUGAGAAAUUCUAUGGCCUAUUGUCUGAAAGAUUCUGCCGGUUGAGGUUGGAAUUUCAACGAGCAUUCGAAAAGAUAGCCAGAGAUACCUACAAGAUUAUCCACCGAUUUGAAGUGAAAAAGAUCAGAAUUAUGGCCCAGUUGGUUUCUCAUUUGCUGGCCACAGAUGCAAUUGAAUGGUCAGUCCUUGAAGAUGUCAAGAUGAAUGAUACGGACACCACAUCGGCAGGAAGAGUCUACAUAAAAGUCAUGUUUCAAGAGUUGGCUGAGGCAAUGGGGCAUAUCAAUUUAUACAAGAAGUUGUAUGAUCCGUAAGUAAUUAAGAUUCAUGUUUGUAGCUAAAGUUUUCUUUUCUAUCCUAAUUGUUGGUAAAUGUUAAAUAAACGUGUUGUUUUAGGACUCUCGUGCAUUAUUUCGAAGGACUCUUUCCAUUGGAUCACCCCAAGAAUACCCGAUUUGCAAUUAAUUUCUUUACUCUCUCUGGUCUUGGUGGUCUUACAAUCAGAUUAAGAGAACAGUAUGAAAAGAUGCAAAAGAAAUUGAAGAAGAAAGAGGAAGGAAGUGACGACGAAUCCUCAUCAUCCGAUUCUUCGACAUCAGAUUCCUCGUCAGAUUCGGACAGUGAUUCAGAUUCCUCGGAUUCUGAUUCUUCGUCAAGUUCAGAUUCGUCAAGUGAUUCUGAAAACGACAAAAAGAAGAAGAAGAAGAAGGUGAGUAUUUAACCGUUUCCACACGAGUCGGAUGGGACGGGCUUAAACGACCAAGUUUACCUUUCUGACAAACAAUAUGAAAGUCAUUAAAAGCACCUUAACUUCACUAAUGUACACUUUUGUCAUUGUAAAAUUGGUCGGGUAAUUUACUGGAAAAAUAAUAUGAGACCGGCUUUUUUCAUACUAAGUUUUUGUGGCAAAACUAGUUGAUGUGAAUUCUUAAAGCCGACUGGAAUUUUUGGUUUAACAUUAGGUAUGUAGGUCUCGUAGAAGUAACAAGCUGCACUGAAUGUGGUUUGCGUAAUUCCUUAUGUUGUGUUUGUUAUUUCUAGCACUUUAAAUUAAUGCAUGAACAUAAUUUUUUUUAUUGAACUCGAAGGAUUUGAAUCUCAAGGUUUUUUAUUGUACAGGGUGUUUCAAGAAAUUUGGCAGAAACUAAUUGCGAAUAUCUUUGAGCUCUUGGGAGUUAUCGCAGAAAUUCUUUUUGAUUCUAAAACUUGAUAUCGGGCGGUUUUGUACUGAGCAAAAAAAAAAUUUUUUCGUGAGGCCAGUUCUCGGCGGAGGCAUUUGGGGCCUUUUUUAAAAAUCACACCUUAUUGUAUGGUGGAAACUCUGUUACAACGGCCAAAAUUAUGUUUACGUUACACCUCCGUGGAUUUUACGGUAUGCUUUUUUUGCGUUUUCGAUUUUACGCAACAUCCGCGGAGGCGCGGCGGAGACCUCAGAUUUCGGCGGACUUUGUUUUGGGCCCUCGGUUUUUGCAAAUCCAUGUUGGAAAAAAGGUUGGGGCGAUUUUUUGUUGUCAUCCGAUGCACAGAUGGCAAAAAUUUUGUACUUUUUCCCCCGGCGGAGGAUUCGGCGGAGGCUUUAUCAAAGGGUCAAAACAAAACUUUGACUCUUUUGAUAAAGCCUUCGCCGAAUCCUCCGCCGAUGUGUCCGCCGAACCAAAAAUAAGAAAAAUGAUGUUGCUGUGAUGGAUUCUUGUAGCUGAGUUUUUUUCCCGGACUCCUAAGACUGUUCUGACCCUUUGAUAAAGCCUCCGCCGAAUCCUCCGCCGGGGAAAAAAGUGCGAAAUUUUUGCAUCUGUGCAUCGGAUGACAACAAAAAAUCACCCCACACUUUUUUCCAACCUGAAUUGAAUGAUCCAAAGAGUCAAAACGACGUCCGCCGAAACCUGAGGUCUCCGCCGUGCCUCCGCGGAUAAGCGAAAAUCGAAAACAAAAAAAAAGCAUACCGUAAAAUCCACGGAGGUUUAACGUAAACAUGAUUUUGGCCAUUGUAACAGAGUUUCCACCAUGUAAUAAGGUGUGAUUUUUAAAAAAGGCCCCAAAUGCCUCCGCCGAGAACUGGCCUCUCCGCCGACGAAAAAAAUUUUUUUUUUGUUCAGUACAAAACCGCCCGUUAUCAAGUUUUAGAAACAAAAAGAAUUUCUGCGAUAACUCCCAAGAGCUCAAAGAUAUUCGCAAUUAGUUUCUGCCAAAUUUCUUGAAACACCCUGUAUAACACGCACGUUGUUCCAGCGUGCAGUCAGAGUGGAUGCUUUUUGGAAUUUAUCUUAAAGAUUUGGUUGGAGUUUUUUCUCAUACUAUUUUUCCAGUAAAUUACCGGCCCAAAUUUGCAACGACAAAACUUUGAAUGAGUCAAGCUGGGUUACUUUUGGAGACAUUUUGUAAAUCCAUAGCAGAAUUGGGCGGAAUCACUGCCUUAUUGUUAAUGAAUAAUUUUUUUGCAUUACUUUUUUAUAGAUUUUUAUGCAUUAAUCCAUGUAAAUGUUUAGGAUAAAGAACAUGAUAGAUCGAAAUCUCAAAAACAAGUUGAAGUGAAGAAAGAAAUAAAGGAGGAGCCAUUGGAUGAAGAUGAUAUUAGAGAGAUGAGUAAACGACGCGAACGACAGACAAGAGAUAGGCAAACAUCUGAUGAAGGAAGAAGAAGAGAUGCGGAUGAAAAUAUUAGGAGAAGAGAUAACGAGGACAGCAGGAGAAGAGAUGAAGACCGAUCGAGAAGGCAACGCGAUGAACGGAGAAGAAGAAGUUCCGAAGAAGACGUGGAUGAAAGACGCAGGGAAAAAAAUGAUGAGUACAAGUCAAAGAGAACAGACGAGAGAAGAAGAAGGGACCGAAGCCGAUCCCAAGAAAAACACCGAACAAGAAGAUCCCGGCCUUCUAAAUGA